GAGGCUAAAAGGUCCACUGGACGCUAUCUAUCCCCGUCUCUUUUUAGAAACACCCCUUUAGCAUUGAUGCCCACCUCUUCUUGACAUCCCAUUCCACCUGAGAUCUCCUCCCACACUCCCACAUUAUCUCACACCUAUGUCUUUGGACAGGUGGACAGAGGUGGCAAGCGAAUGCAGCUGAGUUGACUUUACCAACCCAGUCUGGUAAAAGAUCUGUUGAGUGGAUUCGUCUGUUGACGUUCUGAAAUCCUGUUUUGUCUUUAAACUGACUUUCCGGCUGUGUUUGGUCAGCUUAGUGAGCUGACUACAAAAGGGAGACUCUUUUUUUAAAACAUUUUUGAUAUCUAAAGAGCAUUGAAAAGGUACACAUUUGACCUUUUCUACAUUUAUUUUUGAAGAAUCCUCUUCAUCUGGUGGAGAGCCUCAACCGUCACCAUGUGGGAGUUCCGGUCUAUGAAUUUUUGGCGGGCAGUUUUUGCCGAGUUCUUCGGGACCAUGUUUUUUGUGUUCUUUGGCAUGGGCGCUGCCCUGCGCUGGACCACUGGGCCUCAUCAUGUCCUUCACGUGGCCCUGUGCUUUGGGCUGGCAGCCGCUACCCUCAUCCAGUCCAUCGGCCACAUCAGCGGCGGCCACAUCAACCCUGCCGUCACCUUUGCCUACCUUGUCGGCUCACAGAUGUCUCUUUUCCGCGCCAUUUUCUACAUUGCUGCCCAGUGCCUGGGUGCUGUAGCCGGGGCUGCUGUGCUGUAUGGGGUCACACCAGGCAACAUGAGAGGCAACAUGGCAAUGAACACGCUGCAGCCUGGCAUCAGUCUGGGGAUGGCCACCACUGUGGAGGUCUUCCUCACCAUGCAACUUGUCAUCUGCAUCUUCGCCGUGACUGAUGAGAGGAGAAACGGACGUCUCGGAUCUGCUGCCCUCUCCAUCGGCUUCUCUGUUACCAUCGGACAUCUCAUGGGGAUGUACUACACGGGUGCUGGAAUGAACCCUGCCAGGUCCUUUGCCCCUGCUGUGAUCUUCAGAAACUUUAUCAACCACUGGGUGUACUGGGUCGGGCCUAUGAUAGGAGGUGCCAUGGGGGCCCUCCUGUAUGAUUUCAUGCUGUUCCCACGCAUGAGGGGUCUGUCCGAGCGUCUGGCCACACUGAAGGGCAGUCGACCUCCCGAGAACGAGACCCAGCAGGACACCCGCGGGGAGCCCAUCGAGCUCAAGACACAAGCCCUAUAAACCUGCCCCUUCUCCCCUUCUCUGACUGGGGCCGAGGGAUGAGGGACAAGGCCCUGAGCUACAUCAACCCCACCUCCACUGCCCCCACCCAGUGCCUUCACAUACAAACACACAGACACAAAACUAACCCAGACAACUCACGUGUAGACUAACACCUAACAACAUUUUCCAGUGCCACUCUAAAAACAUGCAGGUCAAUCACCUUUAACCUCAGCACACAACAACACUCCUCUACACCCAGUCAUCUCUCUGUAUUCUGAACUGGACUUUGUGUUUUCAUAAAUGGUGACCAGAGAUUGAACCAGUAGCCGCCCCGUCUCUCCCUGCCCGCCUGCUUCCUCCUCCCAGGCAGGCUUUUGAUCUGCAAUGCAGAAGCGUGUGGAAACCCUGAAAUCCAGCAGAGAGAUUUGAGGAGGGGAGGAGACUGGGGGGUAGGACGGAGGUGAGGCAGGGAUGUGGGAAUGAUAUGUGAGAGGGAUAAGAGAGCAUGGGGCAGGUGGGGGUGGAGUAGAGGGGUGGAUAGAGAGGGCAGCACUUCUGGGUUUGUGGUCGUUUCAAGUUGGGUUAGACCAGUGAAGAUGGGCAUGCUUUUCAUUAUUCACAAGAAUAAUUUUUUUCUCCAUUUUAGUUUAUUUUUUGUUUUGUUUUCCGCACUUCACACACAAGACGUGGAUGUAUGAUACCAUUAGAUUUAACCAGGGUUUCAUUAUUUUCAAUCACUACAAUUUAUCUGUGGGUUUGUGUUUGUGUGUGCGCGCAAGUGUGUGCGUGAGAGUGAGUGUGUGCCUUUGUGUGCGCCUGCGCCUGUACGUUUGGGUGUAUUUGCAAGUGAGUGCGUUUAUGUGUGUACGUGUGCGACCGAGAUCGCACAUACAGUACUUUUUAUUUCGUUUUACCGCUCUCAUGUUUCGUAACCACUGAUUGUGCUCAUUUUUUGUCCCCAAUUUUUAAGACAUUACCAUUUCUCCUCCCCCUUCACUGUGCUAUUUGGUAUGAUAUUCAUUUUUACAUAAACCAUCUGCUUUUUUGUUCUGAACCAGCGCAAUCCAAAGCAAAUGUUGUAUCCCAGACUUCAAGAGUAGGUCUGCUGAUCGGCUGUGCGAGUUUUACAUUGAGUCUCCUUUUAUUAUUUGAUCCUUAACUGGGAGCACAAAGCGUUUCAAUAAGAAUUUCAAUGAAAAUAAACAUAAAAACUUGAUACGAGGGUCGGCUCAUCUUUGCUUUUGUCGCCUUUAAAUGUUAUGAAUGCAAUUUAAAUGAAUGCAAGAAGUGAGUUGUAAUAAAUAACCUUGGCCAGAAGAGGGCAUAAAGAGCACAUGGGAUAAUCUCACAUCUAAAAUUAGAAUCAGCCGAAUGACUUCUGGCCAAAAUCUUAAACGACAAACAUUCAGAGUGGGGUCUCUCUUUGUGGGUGUGGCUUGAGUGAUAUAUUGCUUUAGAUUAAGGGAGUGUCUUUUGGGUAAGACAGGAUCCACCCCACAUCAGGACUAUUGCUUGAAUUUGAUAAGAAACAUGGUUAAAGCUUUUAUUGUAUAUUACAGCUGAUAAACUACAGUAUUUACAGACUCAACCUUUUUCAGAGAUUUGACACUUUAUUAAGCCGCAUCUCUACAGUGAGCAAUCUUUUCUUUAAGAAGAACUGCUGCACACACAACAUACUAAAUCCUGCUGCUGGGAGUGAUAAAAGGAAAUCCCCAGAUUUAACAUUUAAUCUAAAUAAAUCCAUCCAUCCUCUAGAGUUGUCCUAGCUGUCAUGGAGUGAGAGGUGGGGUACACCAUGGAGCUAUGUUAGCUUACUGUUUAUAGAUGGACAAUUAUGUAUGGAUAUUUUCUUAAGAAUGUCAAGUCAGUGUCUUCAAAAAAGGACAUUGAUAUGUCACUGAUAUGUCUCUUUGAGAAUAUGAUGCAAAAUGUCCUUUUGCAAUGGCAAAGAUUGCCACCAAAAAUUCCUUGAUCCUGGAUUUACCUCCAGAUCAACUUCAAGUCAAGACCCACCUCUUGUAAAAUGUAAUUCUCUUACUGUAAUUCUUACAUUGCUUUUUAAAAAGGUUAUUUUCAGAGCAAACAUACCUCCUUGACCACCUUAGUGGCAUUAAUCAUUACCAAUGCAGCAAAGCAUACAAGUCAAAGUUUAGUGAAGUAAAAGUCAGAAAUUCCUGUUUACUUUCUCGACGGAAGUCACAUUACAUUCAUUUUAUUCCAUAUUUUCUGCUCUGUGUGCCACAGUUUGAGAAGCACUGGUCUUUUGGAUUAUUAAACAAAACACAUCAGUGCUGUGCAGUAAAUAUAAAGUAAAUGCUUAGUUUAACACUGAGAACAAAAGAAGGAGAAAAAGGCAGGCUUUCUUGAGGCCAAA